UUGUUUUAUACAUUUCGUUAUCGUCGAAGAAAACUGGAUAAUGCAUGCAUCUCCAAAGGAACAAGACACUUUAGAAACGUGCCUUCUCCCCAGUACUGAGUGAAUCAACUCAACCGUAUUUGAUACAACGAAUAAAGCACGGCCGUCGUGCUUUCAACUUCUGACCAUGAAGACACCUUGGGUUCUCAUUGGCCUGUUUUUGGGUUCACUAGUCGUAGUGAAGGCAGAUGAGAGGGAUGACGCUGUAGAAACAUUGAUUCAAAGUGCCAGCAAUUCAGGUAUCCUAUCAACCUUUGCCCCAGAUUCUACGAGCUCUGGUUAUGUGUUAGCUUAUCCUUUGGACGAAACAUCAGAAAAUACAAGGGAACAAGACCAGUACAUGACAGCUGAAUCACUAGAAGGUACUUCAAUAGUUGUUGAGCCCCCAAAACUCCAAGUCAAUGAAGAAACCAAGCAGGACGACGACGAUGAUGAUAAAACUGAUGAGGCAUUACUUCUGAUUAUCCCAGAAGAAGAGACUGAACAAGAAGAAAGAACUGAGAAGGAUGAUGAAGAAGAAGGAACUGAGAAGGAUGAUGAAGAAGAAAGAACUGAGGAGGAUGAAGAAGAGGAAGAAGAGAUUGAAGAAGAUGUUACAAAUACGGAUGACACUGUGGAAGAAGAAAAAACGUUAAUCGGUAUUUUACCCCAACCUUUCGAAGAAACGGAAACCCCAGAACAGGCUAUAAUCCCAGAAAACAGAAGACCAAAAGAAGAAGACUUAAGGAAAAUUUUGGGCUUGGAAUCACCAUUCCAUCCUUUUCUCAGAAAACCAAAACCUAUUCCAGAAGACAAACCCAGACCAUUUCGUUUCCCCCCAGCUUAUUCGAAAUCUAGUUUUAAACAAGAGCGACUUUCUGUCCCAUUUCCUCUAAAACCAGAGUCUAGAUCUGAUCUUCAGUUUCUGCCCUUUCCACUUUCUCAAAUGGCAGAGUCCAUAUUGAUCAGGCGUGCUUUGAUUAUCGGUAAUGACAUAGAUGAGGAGGUGGAAGGACAAUCUUCCAACGAAAAAGAUGAAAUUCUUGUCGUAGAAUCAGACAAAGAAACCGAAGAAGAGAAAAAUCCACCAGAGGAACCUCAAGUCAGACCAUUUUCACCAGUUCAUUUAGGGCCUAUCAGAAGACCUGAUAAUAGAAUAAAACCAAGCAUGGCCUUUCUUCCUCCACAAUUUCAGCCAAGAUCAAUCCGAAGGCCAGACGUCAACAUACAACCAAAUUUAGUCUUUUCUCGGUCACAGAAACAUCCCAUUCAUGUAAAUUCCGGUUUCUCUGUUAAGCCUCCUUCUCCUAUAGAUCCACCUGCUUCUCUCUACCAAGACCAGAUCCAUACUUCAGUUCCUUACGCUCAAAGUUAUUAUGGUCCUCCAGCUCUCCCUCCUCUACAUCCAACAUUGUUACUGUUGGGCUACCCUCAGCACUCACCUCUAGCAUAUAGAGAUCCAAGACUACAACCUCUUUAUAAUCCUCAAACAGAAACAUACCCUUCACCGCCAACGCUGUAUGGUGUUCACCCUUUUUAUCAACAACACCUUAGAUAUAGAAGUCCUGUUGCUUCUCCCCUUCCCUAUUCUCAGCCACCUGUGGCCCCCAUUUUCUUUCCUGACAUGAUGGCUCAAAAUGAACAUCUUCAAAUGAAACAGUUCCAAACACGUCCCCAAUUUUUUGGUGCACCAGAACAAAUGCGACUGGUGAUGCAGAACCAGCCCAUUCCAGCCGAACAUCACUUUUUACCAGAACCAUUGUCUUCAAUAGCUCAACCAGUACAACAUGGUAUGUAUCCAAAACAACAAAUAGUACCGGUUCUUAUCCCUGUCCCGAUUCCUGUUCCAGUAUCUAUGGAAAGCAUGUCCACUUCCUCAGACGAAGAACAGCAGUUGCCUUACCGUGAAGGUCUACGUUCUGAAGAAGACCAAGAACAGGAAGAAGAACGAGGCGUCGUGCUUGUAUAUAACGAAAGCAGCAAUGAUGAAAGAACCGAACAAAAUACACAACAACUUCCGCCACGUUCAGAAGAACAACCAGUCAUCAAACCUUUUCCUUCUCAAGAAGUUCUUCAGGAAAUGAAGAUGUUUCGAAAGCUCAUUCUAGAUAAACUUAUUCCAAAACCCGAGAAUAACAACAACCAGAUUCCUUCAGAUGAAAGUGAAGUUUCUCCCGCGGAAAGUCAAAGUGAAAUCGUUGAAGUCUUCGUUCCUUUUCCCAACUAAUAAGAAUGAUUGGGCCUACUUUCAUUUCCCAGUGUUACAAUAAACAUAAACGUAGAUUUAUAUCAUCGCAAUAUUAACAUAAGAUCAGGAAUAAUUCACUCACGCUUUUCACCUGUUAGACUUUUGUGUUUUCUGGUUAGUAUUCAAAUAUUAAUUAUUUGAAUAAUCUCCAGUCUAACAACAGUACUUCUACAAAAAGGAAAUAAAGUUAUAUCAAGAUUUAUGUCCCAAACUCGGACAUUAGACGCCAUUAGCUUUUGUUAAUAAUCUGAUAUAUAUACAAAAAUUCCUUUAUACUAACUUAGAUAUUUUAGGAACCCAUCUUUCGCUCCACUAUUAUAUGAAACAACUUUUCACAAGAAUUGUGGCCCGACGUGUUUAUAAGCAGGCCUUGUAAAGUGUGUAAUUGACGAAAAAAAAAAAGAAGUCUAAAGAUUUCUAUGCUUGUAUUAUUCACGAAUAACGACGAACAUUUUAAACAAUUUGUAUUUUACAAAUCCUUAA